GUGGACGUGCUGCGCGCACCCACGGACCUCGUCACGGAAGUGACGGCAAGGCGGCUAUGGCGGCUCGCAGUUUCAUUCCGGAUUUCCACUGGACUACAAACUGAUUUUAACCGGGCCGGUUAGACUUUGGAGAACUUUUGCAAAACUGUCUCUUUUCGGAUGCCGCGCAAACCGAGGUCCCAUUGAACCGGAGCUUGUCUAUGAACGGAACCUACAGCUUUUUGGGGGUAUUUUUGUCCGAGGUUCAAGGUGGUCACCCUGUCGAGCUAGCGAUAGCUCCGAGGCUAAUAGCUAGCGUUGGUUAGUACACACAGCUAGCUCCGGAGCUAGCUUGUCAACGAGCUGCGUGCUAAGGUCCACACAGCAGCCGCUUUUCUUUUGACCACGUCGGCACAUGUCUGUCUCCGUUACAAUGCGACUGCUCUUUAUUUGGGGAUAGUUUUUAUCACAAGUGCAAACGAGGUACUCACACGUUUGCCUGGCCUCUUGAAAAUUUGAAAGAGCUAGUUUGGCGGCUGAGGCUAAACGACGGAUUUUGACUGUGCAGCAAGCAAGUGGCCCCCCCAACCUGUAAUUACAAGAGCGAGUUUGCUCAAAAACUCGUUUUUUUUUCAGUGAGAAUUGAAGUUGAGUGUCUGUGGGGUCUUUACGUGCUCGUCAACAUGUUGAAGACCCGGCAGUGUCUACUUGGCAUCCGCACUUUCCUCAGCGUUACGUCCAGAAUAUGGGGCUUCAUCAUGUACAUCCUCAGGAAGCACCUACGAACGAUAAUCCAGUAUCAGACGGUGCGAUACGACACUUUGCCCCUGUCACCUAUCUCCAGAAACAGACUCAAUGCAGUAAAGAGGAAGAUUCUGGUUCUGGAUCUGGAUGAAACGCUGAUCCACUCCCACCAUGACGGCGUCCUGAGGCCCACAGUGAGACCUGGCACACCGCCAGACUUCAUCCUAAAAGUCGUUAUUGACAAGCAUCCGGUCAGAUUCUUCGUACAUAAAAGGCCACACGUUGACUUCUUUUUGGAAGUGGUGAGCCAGUGGUAUGAGCUGGUGGUUUUCACGGCCAGUAUGGAGAUUUACGGCUCAGCGGUCGCCGACAAGCUGGACAACAACAGGAACAUCCUGAAACGCAGAUACUACAGACAGCACUGUACGUUGGAUCUAGGUAGUUAUAUUAAAGACCUGUCUGUAGUACACGAUGACCUGUCCAGUAUCGUUAUCCUGGACAACUCGCCUGGUGCUUACCGCAGCCAUCCAGACAACGCAAUACCCAUCAAGUCCUGGUUCAGCGACCCUAGUGACACAGCACUUCUUAACCUGCUGCCUAUGCUGGAUGCACUAAGGUUCACUGCUGACGUGCGCUCCGUCCUCAGUCGAAACCUCCACCAACACCGGCUCUGGUGAUUGGCUCAAUCGAGAGGGGCGGGGCUUGUAAACCGGCCUUUUUUUCUCUCUGCUGGCCUCCAUCCUGCCCUGCAAUCCCACGCAGACGACCCACCAGCCCUCUCUGAGCCUCUCGGACCUGUCCUGAGGAGAUUAGGGUUGGGGUGAGCGGCUGAAUCGGGAUGAACAGUUCGGGAUCACCGGAACCCACAAACUACUGGGAAAGGAGUGGAAGCCAGCUUUUCUCUUUUUUUUUUUCUCUUCUCCCCGUUCUUGAUUCUUUAUUUGUUUUUGUUUUUUUUCCAAAACAAAAUGGAGCCUCUCUGCCUUACAGCUCCUGAUACUGACUGUGUGCGUAUGGAGCUGAGCUUGUGUACGCAAGUUGGAGUAUGCUUGCCGAGUUCGUUAGUCCUUUUUAAACUUUUUUGAAGAUUUGGGAGGGGGGGGGAGGAUCCACAAAGCAACAAAGACAAUUCCACAUUAUUAUUUCUUCCUCUUCUCCGUCAUCAUUGUUGCACUUCAGCAAACAACUCAUCAGUUUCUGUCUUACCCUUUUGGAGCAAAUGAGUAGGGGAAAAUAGAUAACUACCCCUUUUUGGAUCACGUUUUUGCCCCAGCGUCGUCUCAUUCAUUUUUGAGGUACUAUUUUCUCUUAAAAACACAAACUUGAUGGACUUUUUCUUGCAACAAACCAUCCACGGGCUUUUUCUUCUGUUUGGGCAGUUCAGUUUACCCCCCCCCCACCCUUCAGAUGUAACCUUCGCUUUUUCCCCCCCAAAGUUCUCAUUGGGACUCUGACAAAGACUUGAAAGUUGUGAGGAAAAAAGAAUGGCUUGUAACGAUAUGUGGACUGCCGUGCCGCCUUUCCAUAACUGAUUGUUUCUCUGUUACCAUGAUAUAUUAUAGAAUGACUUCUACACACCAGGAAAAUCCUUGACAUUUGAUGCCAUCCUCGUUUUGUCUAAUAGGAAUUUGCACUUAAGUUUGCCCCCUCGGUUUUUGUUGCAGUUUAUUCUCUAUUUUAUUCAAACCUGCAGCCCCCUUUUGUUCUGUUUUUCUCCCAAUCCUCCGACUGGAGGGGUUCAACAGUAACACCCUCCAUCUCAAAAUGCCUUCUGAACAACGUCGGUCUGGUCAAGGCUCACAGCGGCUUCUUAUCGGCUCUGUCUCCAUGUCUGUGUUACUAAUAAAACACUCGUCAGUAUCGACCGGUUAUUGUUCAGCUUGUUUUUCUUUUAAUCCAAAUAAUCCUGCUGCCUCCUUUUUCCUCCCCUCAUAUUCGAGCCCUAACGCCUGUGCAGUUUGAAUGACUGCACUUGAGGGACAAGAAACUAUUGAGUUUUUAUCAACUGCUGCCAUCAUGUGGUGGAACAGGAAACUGAUGUGAUGGAGUCAUUGUUUUUUAUAUCGAUCAAACCUCUGUAGAAAUGCUGAAGAUUACAAUCGUCAUCUGGUUGGCCGGCAGGCUAUUAAAUUACUUUUUGUACUUUCGCCUUU